AAUGACAGAGCAUGAGGACUUCGUGAGCUUGGCUGGGUACUGGAACUCCUCCAGCAGUUACCAGUUCAGCCCUGCCAGUGUCAUUGUCCCUGUCGUCUUCUCCCUCAUCUUCCUCCUGGGCACAGUGGGCAACAGCCUGGUGCUGGCAGUGCUGCUGCACAACAGGCAAAUGAGCCACAACACUACCAACCUCUUCAUCCUCAACCUCAGCCUGGCUGACUUUUUCUUCAUUGUCUUCUGCGUGCCUUUCCAGGCCACCAUCUACUCCCUUGAGGGCUGGGUCUUCGGCUCCUUCAUCUGCAAAGCUGUCCAUUUCUUCAUCUACCUGACCAUGUAUGCUAGCAGCUUUACUCUGGCUGCUGUCUCUGUGGACAGGUAUCUGGCUAUCCGCUAUCCGCUGCGCUCCCGGGAGCUACGGACCCCUCACAACACAGUGGCUGCCAUGGCUGGGAUCUGGGGCCUCUCUGCGGUCUUUGCUGGGCCCUACCUAAGUUACUAUGACCUGAUUGAGUGGGAGUCCAGCUACAUCUGCAUGCCUGGCUGGGAGGAGUGGAGACGCAAGGUCAUGGACACCAGCACAUUUGCCUUCGGCUAUGUCAUCCCAGUGCUGGUCAUCAGCCUCUCCUACACCAGGACCAUCAAGUACCUGUGGACAGCAGUGGACCCCCUGAAGGACAUAUCAGAGUCAAAGAAGGCCAAGCGGAAGGUAACCAAGAUGAUCAUCAUUGUAACCAUCCUUUUCUGCCUCUGCUGGCUGCCCUACCAUGUAGUCAUCCUCCGAUACCUCUACGGAGACUUCCCCUUCAAUCAGGCCACCUACGCCUUCCGCCUGCUUUCCCACUGCAUGGCCUAUGCCAACUCUUGCCUCAAUCCCAUCGUCUAUGCCCUGGUCUCCAAGCACUUCCGCAAGGGCUUCAAAAAAGUUUUCAGCUGCCUCUUGAGGAAAAAGCACCGCAACAAGGUGCACGUGGUGCAUGCUGCCCAUGUUGUGCCUGGAUUUGAGGCAGGCUCCACUGAAGUGUCCCAGAUGCACGAGGAGAAUAACAGGUGCGAGCUGAACCCAGCCUCCAUGGCAGUCCCCUCCCGUUCCUCCAGUCCCGUUCACACUUCUUAGUGGCCAAGCUGCACACCAUCUGCCAGCUUGGCUGUGUCACCAGCUUCAGGCUAC